AUGAGAGAAUACAGACAAAACAGCAAAUACCGGUUGAAGACGAAGAUAAGGACCAACUUAUCUUCAAGGAAGCGGCUGAAACUGGGCAGUAGGACCAAAAAGGGCCUUCUGAGCCAAAAUGAGGCCACAUAUGGAAGUGAGUUACCAGAGGUCAUCGAAUGGACAGGGAAAGACGACCACCAGGGGUCUCGAAAGACCACUAGAGACCACGAAAGGGACAGAGGGCGCACGCGCGCGAGGGAUAAGAAAUGGAUUCUCAGUCAUGAAGAUGUCACACUGGGGGAAUUACUAGGCAAAGGCAAUUUUGGUGAGGUAUAUAAAGGAACAUUAAAGGAUAAGAUUCCUGUUGCCGUAAAAACUUGUAAAGAAGAUCUUCCUCAGGAACUGAAAAUAAAAUUUCUGUCAGAAGCCAGAAUACUCAAACAAUAUGAUCAUCCUAAUAUUGUGAAGCUUAUAGGAGUUUGCACACAACGGCAACCUAUUUAUAUUGUUAUGGAACUUGUUCGAGGAGGAGAUUUCCUGUCCUUUUUAAGAAAGAAGAAGGAUGAGCUAAAAACUAAACAAUUAGUGAAAUUUUCAUUAGAUGCUGCUUCUGGUAUGGCAUAUCUCGAAUCUAAAAACUGUAUACACAGAGACCUGGCUGCAAGGAACUGCUUGGUGGGUGAAAGCAACAUUUUGAAAAUAAGUGAUUUUGGGAUGUCUCGUCAGGAAGAUGAUGGAGUAUAUUCAUCUUCAGGCUUAAAGCAGAUUCCUAUCAAAUGGACUGCUCCAGAAGCUCUCAACUAUGGGAGAUACUCAUCUGAGAGUGACAUAUGGAGCUUUGGAAUCCUUUUGUGGGAGACUUUCAGUUUAGGAGUGUGCCCGUACCCUGGAAUGACCAACCAACAAGCACGAGAACAAGUGGAGAAAGGAUACCGAAUGUCAUCACCACAAAAGUGUCCAGAAGAAA